AUGGAUGGUCGUUUCGAUCGAAGAUCCCGAAUGCACAGGGCAGUCGGUACCAACCUGGUGCUGAUGCUCCUUUGCGUCCUACCGUUUGUCGGCCAUGCCUUUGCACAACUCCCAUAUACGCCUUCGAGUCUUCUAUACGCUUCACAGCGCAACGGAUCCUUCGCAUACCUCCUACGAGCGACGGAAGGUAGGACGGAGUUCAUCUCAAUAGAUGUGUCUGAAAAAGUCAACACGCGCGACUCGCCAUAUAAAGUACUGCUCGAAGGGACUCCAUUCAACAACGAGGACGAAGCAUCCGCGUACGUCCCAGUCAUUGAUCAGAAUGGUGUAAUAAAGGUAUAUGCGGGUGAAUGUCGAGACCCAGAGAGCGCGCCUCUGCUGUGGACUUUCAAAUCCGAUCCCGGGAGCUCAACAGGUAAUGGAACCUGGGAUAACUUCUCCGCCCAUGCGUCAGACGGGCAGGCAAGUUCUGUUGCCACCGGCCCAAACUUUCUGUCUGCUGGGUUCGCAUAUUCUGUUUCAAAUACGACUGAAAGCUCCUUCUUUGCUUUUGCCGGAAUGUGCCCAGACCAGAGUGACAGUAGCGAUUCUUGGACAUCUGCCGCAAACUAUUCCCAAACGCUGACGGUCUUGGAUCCUUGUGAUGAAGACCACUGUUACGAGAUAUCGAUUACCGGGGAUAGAGCGCCUCCUAUUCCGGAGGCGGGGUUCACCAUUACUCCUCUUCAGGCCACAACCGCGUACGUCGAUGAUGAGCUCCGACAACAGCAGGAUUUCCUCCUCAUUGGGGGACAUACACAAAAGGCGUUCAUCAACAUGUCUGAACUGGCUAUAUUCUCUGCGCCACAAAACAGCUGGAGCUUUGUCACUGUGGAAUCCGAGAUAGAGUGGUCGAGAACUGAUCUCGCCGUCCGCGAUACUGCUGUGAUUGAACCUCGAUCCGGCCAUACCGCGGUUUUUUCACCGGACGGAAGCAAGGUGAUCGUAUUUGGGGGCUGGGUGGGAAACACGAGCGUGGCUGCCAAACCUCAACUGGCCGUUCUAGAGAUUGGAGGGGGGUUUGUAGGAACUGGUGAAUGGUCGUGGACUGUGCCAUCUGUGGACGGAGGUCCUGAAGACCUUGGUGUUUACGGACAUGGUGCUACAAUGCUCCCGGGAGGAAUUAUGAUGAUCGCCGGCGGAUACGAAAUCUCACAACGAUCCAAAAGAACCGGCUCUGGACCGAAAGCCAACUCGCAGAUUUACCUGUAUGACACUGCCUCUGGAGCAUGGACUUCUUCAUAUGAAAAUCCGUAUUUCAGCCCAUCUCCCGAAGCCUCCGAUGGAUCAUCUUCAUCAAGUUCAAGCUCCUCUUCCUCUCGAAAAACUGGCCUGGGAGUUGGCAUAGGUCUGGGUGUCCCAGUAGCUGCCGCACUCGGAGUGCUCUUUUUCUUUUUCUGGCGACGACACGGAAUGCGCCGAAGCCGCGAUAAUGAGAUCCGCAAGCUAGCUCUGGGGGCGCAGAGAGCCCACUUUUGGGGGAGGGGAGACUCGGAGAUGGCCAGUAGUGUUCGAAAUCCCUCAAGCAGGGAUUCGUUCAACAGCGACUAUCCUUGGAGGGGGAACAACCCGCGAAGCACUGGGAAGAGACCCAAUUGGAACGACAAUGGCGAUGCAGCUGCGGAGAGAACUGGGCUGCUAGGGGAUAUUCACGUACCUAAAAAGCUCAACCGACCCGUCCUAAAUGCUGGUGUUUACCGGCCCCCAUAUGACGAGCAUAGCCGAGGCGAUACUGCUGGCAUUAUCCAUUCUAUCGACGAGCGCGAGGAGGAUGAAGCUGAUGAUGCAGAAAUAAUCCAGGCGCGCGAUACCACCAAUUCACUGUCAGGGCAAGGAUUUGUCACAGCUCGAAACACCCAGAUUGACGAUUUACGACCCCCCGGCGCUGAAUCCACAUCAGAGGUUGGUAUGAGCAGGAGUAGAAGCUUAUCACCAGAUAAAGAUGAGCGGAAUUUAUCCGGCCUUUCUGAUUCCGCAGGGUCAGAAAAUUCAGCGAAGCCAGCCGCGACCUUCAAAAACAGCUUACCAGCUUCGCAUACCAACAAAGCCUUUUUGUUCGAUAAACAUGCCGUUUCAUCUCAUCAUAGCAGAGACGCUAUUCGCAGCCAGGGUAGCUCAACAUCAACAAACUCGUCGUCCGAAAAGCGCUAUUCAUCUGAAUCCUAUUCAACUGCUCACUCAACGCUAUCACAACGUCAAGCGGAGGGUGAAUAUUUGCUUUCAGACCCAGAUAAACAUGAUUCGCCCUCAUUAGGAGGUCUGUUUAGCAGUAAACCACCAUCGCCAAUCAAGCCGAAGGCCUCUGAGUGGAUUGGGGGUAUCCGGCGAGUGCUGUCUGUAUCACGGAGGCGAGCACCCACUAACGAAGGUUCCGGUACUAUCUCUCGGGCUUCCGGGAUUGACGGUGGUGAUCCUAUCAUUGGAGCCCACACAGUUGAUUCCAAAUUCCCUCGGAGAUCUGUGAGCGCGUCGGCUGAGCUGUUCAGACGUAAGCAAGGUGCCAAAGACUGGGGCGUGGGUAACAGACUCUCGCAAGACAUGAGCUUCCAAUCCGCUCGCGCUACCCGCGAUGACUUUGGACUGGAUGGGCAUGUAGACCUUGGCGACGAGGAGUGGGAUGUUGAGGGUGCUGCUGAGGGCCGACGGGUGCAAGUAACAUUUACGGUACCAAAGGAGAAGUUGCGGGUUGUGAAUGCUUCAGCCGGUGAUUUUGAUGACCUCUCAGUGGCCUCGGUCAGCCGAAGUAACAGCUCAUCAUAG